AGCAAUCAUCAUGCCGUCUCAGAAGAGUCCUACCAAGCGAAGUCCGACCAAACGUAGCCCCCAGAAGGGAGCUGGCAAGGGAGGCAAGGGAUCCAAACGAGGAGGAAAGGCCAGGCGUCGUGGUGGAGCCGCUGUAAGGAGACGUCGACGAAGACGCGAGAGCUAUGGAAUCUACAUCUACAAAGUGUUGAAGCAAGUUCAUCCCGACACUGGCAUUUCUAGCCGCGGCAUGUCCAUCAUGAACAGUUUUGUCAACGAUGUGUUCGAGCGCGUCGCAGCCGAAGCUUCCCGUCUUACCAAGUACAACCGCAGGAGCACCGUUUCAAGCCGCGAGAUCCAGACCGCUGUCCGCCUUCUUCUCCCUGGAGAGCUGGCCAAGCACGCCGUUUCUGAAGGCACCAAAGCUGUCACCAAAUACACCACGUCUCGAUAGAUCCGAGACCUGGCUGGCCUGGAGACC